AUGACGAUAUUCCAAGAUGACAAUCUCGAGGCAGUCAAACUUCUCGAACAGCCAUGGAAAGCCGAGAAGCUGCUUGAAGUCAGGACUGGCAGAGUAAGGCCUGUUUUCGGCAUCCAGGUCCAAUCUGCCAUUUUCAAGAACGUCCGACGAGGUCCCGUCGCGGUCAAUCAGUUGGGAUGUGAAGGCGACCAGCACGCCUUCGAGCUCCAUGGCGGCCCUGACAUGGCCUUACUGCAAUACAGUACACUCCACUAUCGCCGAUGGAAGGAAGAGCUGCCUGACAGCGCCCAUUUGUUUGUCCCAGGCGGAUUCGGUGAAAACCUCGUGGCAGCGCACGCCAACGAACGGAACAUUUGCAUCGGCGAUGUCAUCCAGAUUGGAACGGUGGUUGCGCAGGUGUCGCUGCCUCGCCAGCCAUGCUUCAAAUUGAACCACCGAUUCCAGAUCAAGGACAUGUCUAAACGCUCCCAAGACCUCUUCCGGACCGGAUGGUUGUACCGAAUCCUGAAGGAAGGCAAAGUGCAGGCUGGAGACGAUAUGAUUCUUCUCCGACGACCACAUCCUGAGUGGACGAUAGCCAAAGUUCAAUACUACCUUUACCACGACAUGCGGAAUGAAAUGGCCAUGAGACAACUGAUCCAAAUUAAAGAGCUCGGGCUUGAAGCCCGUACUAUUUUUGAGAAUCGCCUCAAGAAGCAGUACGAGGACCAAGAGAAGCGGCUCACGGGCGGAGAUGCCAUGUUAAUGAAUAUUUGGUCCAGCUACAGACUCGUCAAGAAGCAAAAAGAAACCCCAAGGAUUGUGUCCUUGACAUUCGAGAGAACUGAACCCUCACCAAAUCCCGAAGAAGUUCAUCCAGGGUCACAUGUGCAAGUGAAGCUGGGCGACCGAAAGCUAGUGAGGGCGUAUUCAGUCGUAGCAGGUGAUGCAAAUCGAUUUGAGCUUGCUAUAGCCCUCAGCGAGACUAGCCGUGGAGGAUCACACUUCAUCCACCGAAACUUACACCUGGGCGAUACGUUGUUGUUUGGAAAGAUCACGCCGAGUUUUCCGCUCUCGACUGAGGCUGACGAGCAUGUUUUCAUCGCUGGCGGCAUUGGCCUGACAGCAUUCAUUGCCUCAGCAGCCCGCUGCCAACAAGAGGGGCUUUCGUACCACCUACACUAUCUGGUUCGAAGCUCGCACGACGUUGCUCUGAAGAGAUACCUCAAAUCACUUGGACCCAAUGUCACCAUCUACGAUAAGUCCGCUGGGAAGGCGUUCAACGCCGCGUUGGUGAUGGGAAAGGUGAAGAAUAACACGCACAUCUAUUGUUGCGGCUCUGAUCGACUCCGAAGGGCCAUUGCGGAGGCGGCUCAUUCAAUGAGUGUCUGUUCUGGUCAUCUCCACUUCGAGACCUUCGAGGUCGCGACUUCUGGUGAUCCAUUUGUGGCCGAAUUGGCCGACUCAGGAAGGACGCUGUCUGUGGAGGGAGAGAAAACUCUGCUCGAUGCGCUGCGAGAGGCGGGACUGGAGAUUUCCUCUUCCUGUGAGGCUGGCAAUUGUGGUACUUGUCGUGUUGGUGUCAGAAGUGGCAACGUCAAACACCGAGGAACCGGAUUAGUGGAAGCUGAAAAGUGUUCAGCUAUGCUGAGUUGCGUGUCUAGAGGCAUUGGAACAAUUGUGCUAGAUCUGUAAAGAGAGAAAAGAGGAAAAGGGCUUAGAACACAACUCUGUUGGAGUAUUUUGAAUGAAGCGUGGUAUUUGCUGAAAGUUGGC